AUGUUGUACGAAUUAAUUGGGAUAGUACGUAUAUUAGAUCCAGUGAUGAGACAUAAAGAGGCGAAAGAUGUAGUGACGACGAUAGGGAAAUUAAUUAUUCAAAAUAGAGGAGUAGUUCGAAGUAUUAUCCCCAUGAAGGAUACAUUCCAAUUACCCAAGAUAAUGAAGAAGGAUCAAGAACAUCACUUCCAAGGGUAUCGAUUCAUGAUGCUUUUUGAUUCAUCUGCUGGUGUUCAAUCAGAAAUUUUAAGAACUCUGAAAAAAGAUCCUAGAGUUAUUAGAUCUUCUAUAGUUAAAGUUAAUAUGGGUAAGGAAUUAGAUGUUGCUAGUUCGUUAGAUAAGGUUGCUGGUUAUAAAUCCAUCUUACAGAAAGUUAAUGCCUCUUCUAGGCAAUUCAGUUGA